AUCGGAGCUCUGAACAUGGCUGACAUGGACCAGCAGGAUUCCCAGGACGCACUGCACACCAGCAGCGACAACAACAGCGUUAACAACAGCGUCAACGAGGACCAGGGCGAUGAGAGCGCGGGAGAGGAGGCCCCCACCAACGGCGUCAAGAAAGAUGAAGAUUCUCCAAAAGAAGAAAAACCCUCAUUGAAGGAAAAAUCUACCGGAAACAGAAAGGGUAGUAGAUUCCACCCAUAUGGCAAAGACAGACCGUCUGGCUCUGGAGACAAAAAGGGUCAAAGUCGUAAUAGAGUAUUCAUCAGUAAUAUCCCUUAUGACAUGAAGUGGCAAGCCAUCAAAGAUCUUAUGAGGGAAAAAGUUGGUGAGGUUACAUACGUGGAGCUCUUUAAGGAUGCUGAAGGAAAAUCAAGGGGCUGUGGUGUUGUGGAGUUCAAGGAUAUGGAAUUUGUUACAAAAGCUCUAGAAGUAAUGAGUAAACAUGAUCUUAAUGGAAGACCCCUUAACAUUAAAGCGGAUGCAGACGGAGAGCAUGCACGAAGAGCUUUGCAACGUGGAGGUGGGCCCUUCCCUAGUGGUCAUAAUUCUGAAAUGGGUCCUGGAAUCAUGAAUCUCCCACCUUCAAUACUCAAUAAUCCUAACAUACCCCCAGAAAUUAUCACUGCCUUAAGAGCAGGAAGACUGGGUACAACUGUGUUUGUUGCUAAUCUUGACUUUAAAGUUGGUUGGAAGAAAUUGAAAGAGGUAUUCAGCAUUGCAGGAGCUGUAAAGCGAGCAGAUAUCAAGGAGGAUAAAGAUGGCAAAAGCCGUGGAAUGGGAACAGUUACCUUUGAACAGUCACUUGAAGCAGUACAAGCGAUUUCUAUGUUCAAUGGACAGUUUUUGUUUGACAGACCUAUGCACGUGAAAAUGGAUGAUAAAUCAAUCCCUCACGAUGACUUUCAUGCAAUGGAAAAUAAAGCACCUCAGCUACCUCGUGGUCUUGGUGGUAUUGGCAUGGGUCUAGGACCAGGUGGACAACCAAUCAACACAAAUCAGAUUGGCAUGGGUAACAUGGGUCCUGGAGGUAUGGCUAUGGAUGGUCCAGGCUUUGGUGGAAUGAAUAGAAUGGGAGCAAGUGGAUUUGGUGGAAUGGAAGGAAUUAAUAACAUGGCAGGAUUUAGUGGCAUGAGCAGAAUGGCAGGAAUGGGUGGUGUGGAUGACUUCAGAGGCAGUUUAGGCUCUGGCAUGAGUGGAAGCAUGGCAAGCAGCAUGGCGGGCAUGGGAAGCAUGGCAAGCGGCAUGGGAGACAUGUACCGAGGAGGAAUGGGAGGCAGCAUGGACAGAGAUUUUGGUCGCAGUGAUAUAGGCUUGAGUCGUGGAUUUGGGGAUUCGUUUGGAGGAAUGAGUGGUGCAAUGGUAGGCAGUUUUGGAGGAAUGAGUUCUUCUGCAAUGGGUCCCCUAGGCUCUGGAAUGAGCAGUGGCAUGGGUGCAGUAAAUAGUAUGGGUAUGGGUCUUGGCAUGGACAGAAUGAACACAAACUUUGACCGAAUUGGAGGUGGAUUGGACAGGAAUAUGGACAUGGACAGAGGAUUUGGAGGAUUUGGCUCUUCUCAGUUAGGAAGUGGUUUAAGAGAUCGGGGAAACAAAGGAUGUCAAAUAUUUGUGCGAAAUCUACCAUUUGACUUGACUUGGCAAAAAUUGAAAGAGAAAUUUAAUCAGUGCGGUCGCGUAGUUUUCGCAGAGAUAAAAAUGGAAAAUGGAAAAUCUAAAGGCUGUGGAACUGUACGAUUUGACUCUCCAGAAACUGCAGAAAAGGCAUGCAGAUUAAUGAAUGGCAGCAAAAUAAAUGGCAGAGAAAUUGAUGUCCGCUUAGAUCGUAACGCAUAAUUUCUUGUUUUUGUCCAAUGACAUUCCCAUAUUUGUUUAGUCUUUUUGGUAAAGAAAUUUUUAGUAACCGUGAGUUAGAGCGGUAAAGGCUGGUUUUAGUCUUUAAGCCUUUACCUAGUGUGGUGUUAAACAUGUAAUUUUGUUAUGGCUGCUUUUCCUUUCUCUUUAUUUUUUUUUUUUUUUAAACACCAUGUC